UCAGAGGCGGACAGAGGGACAAACGAGUAUCGCGUUGACUUAACUAGUCCGUUUAUUGUCGCUGUUUGUCCGUGACAGCAGGUUUGGGUUUUACCAGACACUCAGACAUCACCUCCACCGGGAUAUGAGGCUUCUUUAGGGUGGUGUCGAGCUGUCAUUCACCGCUGAGGAAACGCCAGUCUCCGUGUGUUGGUAAAGACUCAGCAGCUGUAGAAGACCCGCCAGACCAUGAACUACGUGGGCCAGUUGGCGGGCCAGGUGUUCGUCCAGGUCAAAGAGCUCUACCGAGGCCUCAAUCCCGCCACGCUCUCUGGCUGCAUUGACGUCAUCGUAGUGAGACAGCCCGAUGGAUCCCUGCAGUGCUCACCUUUCCACGUCCGCUUCGGCAAGAUGGGAGUCCUCCGCUCCCGAGAGAAAGUGGUGGACAUGGAGAUCAACGGCGAGCCAGUGGAUCUACACAUGAAGCUCGGGGACAAUGGAGAAGCAUUCUUUGUGCAGGAAACAGAAAAUGAUCAGGAAGUGGUUCCCUCCUACCUGGCCACCUCUCCCAUCUUGUCAGACGGGGCCAUCAUGAUGAGCUCCUCCCUGAUGGGGAAGAGCUCCGGGCCACCGAUACAGACCCUGGGCUCCGCGGGGACCUUGGGAGAGACUGGCAGUUCCAUGAUGAUGAAGAAGAGAAGGAAAAGGAGGAGGAAGGCCAGGGCGGACAGCGUACGGAGGGAGGAGAGCGGGGAAUACUCGGAGGACGAAGACAUGUUCACUAUAGACAUCAGCUCGGAUGAAAUGGCGGAGAUUGAGAGCAACAGGAGUUCGUCUCGGGAUGUUCUAAGAGAGGAGACCACAACCACUUCAACCAGCGGCUCAUUCAAACAGACGGGCAUCUACACUCGUUCAGAUGGAGAGUGGAGCCCCAUUCAGAGCCCUGGAAACUCUCGUCCUACCUCUCCUAAGAGCGACUCUGAGCUAAUGACCAAGCCGUCAGACGCAGACAAUCAGGAUCAAGCCAUGCACUGGGCGUGGGGAGAGCUGCCACAGGCUGCCACGCCGUCCUUCCUCCCAGUGAAACCAGACCCUCCACCAGUUUGCCCAGUGUCCAUCCCAGUGUCUGAGAGCACACACUUCCGUGUGAUAACUCACGAGACGUCGUCGGAACAGUGUGGACCCUGCUCUGAAAUAUCGGCACUCAGGCUGCUGAUGCCAGGGGAGACCAGGGAGGAGACAGUGGGGAUGGAGUCAGAGUCCAUGAGGGUGGAGACCCAGACAGCUGGAGGUGUCGCAGCUCAUACAAUAGCUGACAUGGAGGAGACGACUCCUCGGCCACAGGGCAAGACGGACUCUCCGUCCAAGAGAAAAGACAAGAGAAGCCGCCAUCUAGGCUCAGAUGGGAUUUACCUGGAUGACAUCACAGAACUCGAGCCUGAAGUGGCGGCUCUUUAUUUCCCUAAGAGUGACAGUGGUUCGACAGUGAGGAGCAUGUCAGACCCAGGCCUCCACAGCGCCAGUCUGUCCCCACAGUCUGUCAGCUCUGGAGGAGACAGCGGAGUGGACAGCUACUGCGACCCCAUGGGUGACAUGCCGUCUAUCGCCAUCUCCUUGUGUGGUGGACUCAAUGAAAACAGGGAGAUCACGAAAGAUCAGUUCCACGAGAAGAUCAUCACAUACCAGCAGUUUGCGGAAAACCCCUCCAUCAUCGACGACCCCAACUUGGUCGUGAAAAUUGGCUCCAAAUACUAUAAUUGGAGCUCUGCGGCUCCACUUAUGCUGGCUAUGCAGGCCUUCCAGAAACCGCUGCCAAAGGCUGCAGUGGAGAACAUCAUGAAGGAGAAGAUGCCCAAGAAAGGAGGGCGGUGGUGGUUCUCGUGGCGAGGCAGAAACAGCAGCACCAAAUCGGAUUCAGUGUCUGAGCGUGGGGCCUGUGGCUACGCUGAGCAGGCUGGGAAAAUGUCCAGCAGACAUAAAGAAGAAUCGUCCUCUAGUGAUGAAGACCACAGGGCAGCACUACAGAGCUCUUCCUCCAUCCAGUCAGAGCCAUCGGGGGGCGUGUCUUAUAAGAAAACACUUCGGCUCACGUCAGAGCAGCUGCUGUCUCUCCAGCUGCAGGACGGUCCUAACGAUGCUGUGUUCAGUGUGACCACUCAGUACCAGGGAACCUGUCGCUGUCAGGGCACCAUCUACCUCUGGAACUGGGACGACAAGAUCAUCAUCUCUGACAUAGAUGGAACCAUCACCAGGUCGGACACACUGGGUCACAUCCUGCCCACACUGGGGAAAGACUGGACCCACCAGGGCAUCGCACACCUCUACCACAAAGUCAGCCAAAAUGGCUACAAGUUCCUGUACUGUUCAGCUCGAGCUAUCGGCAUGGCUGACAUGACCAGAGGUUACCUCCACUGGGUCAACGAGAGAGGCACCAUGCUGCCUAUGGGCCCCGUCCUGCUCAGCCCGAGCAGCCUCUUUUCAGCUCUUCACAGGGAGGUGAUUGAGAAGAAACCAGAGAAAUUCAAGGUGGAGUGUCUCAACGAUAUCAAGAACCUCUUCUACCCAAACACACAGCCGUUCUAUGCAGCGUUCGGCAACAGACCAACGGAUGUGUAUUCUUAUAAAGAAGUCGGAGUGCCACUGAACAGGAUUUUCACAGUGAACCCUAAAGGCGAGCUGGUGCAGGAGCACGCCAAGACCAACAUCUCAUCUUACGUCCGUCUGGGUGAGGUGGUGGACCACGUGUUCCCCCUGAAGAUGCGAGCCUCCUCCUCAGACUUCCCCUGCUCGGACACCUACAGCCACUUCACCUUCUGGAGGCAGCAGCUCCCCCGGGUGGACCAUCAGGGAACUACACCUCCACAGACUCCCACUCCCAGCAGCUGACUACCUGUGGCCUGCUGAGCACUGACUGACUGAUGGUGACAUAUGUGUGUGUGUUUUGACUUUGUAGAUUUGUGUAGCAGAUGGAGCACUUUGAGUGCACAGCAGACAGAGAGAUACUGAAAGGGGAAGUUUGGUAUUUUCAACCUGGGCCAUAUUUUUCCAUCUUCUUGUGUCUUCGUGACUGAUAAGAACAAUUUUUAAGAAUGAUUUAGUACUGAGUGAGAGGGCAUGUUCCCACUGUCAGUUUACGUCCACUAAUGGUGCUUGUUUUUGUCACUGACAGGCUCCGAUGAAUAUUAUAAGUGUCUGACAACGAUAUGGAAAGGAUCCCUACAGAGAUAGACCUUUUUUGUUAAAGAAUAAGAUCCUUUUUUAAUCAGAAACAGCCCCAAAAUUGCUAUCGUCAAACCCACCAGACUCCAUUUAAAUAAACAGUCAUUUUAGCCUGUAUAGAGGCAACAUAUUUUUAUUUCUACCUUGGUGAAUUUCAGGUUUGUUUCAACCAAAUCAGAGUUGGUGAUUGUUGGAACAGUGGAAAGACAAACCAAGGAAGCUUUUGUUAGUUUUUAUUUUGUUCCUGUCGACAUUGACUGAAGUGUAUUUUACAAUGAUAAAGUUACUGUUAUUUAAAUGGAGUCUGGUGGGUUUGGCGAUUUUGGGACUGUUUCUGGUUAAACAAAAAGGAUCUUACUCCUUAACAAAAGGCAAGGCAUCUUUAUUUGUUCAUUUCAUGCACCAGGGCAUUUCAAAGUGCUUUACAGAGCAAUGAAAUAUACAACAUAAUAAAGGAUACAGAAAAGAGUAACAAGAAAAAAAUACAUUUUAAAAUUUAAAUUAAUUACUAAAUGAUUUAUAAAUUAAAAAUGACAAUUGAAAAAUCACCAUUAAAAAUAGCAAAAGUGCAGACAAGAGGUGCAAAGAUUAUUUAAAAUGAUUUGAAACUGAGUUUAAAAAUACGUUUGCAGUCGUUACAGGGUGGAGUAGGCAGUGUAAAAAUGGAACGUUUUUAGCUUUGACUUAAAAGUGGUCAGAGAAGUUUGUGCUGCAUCAUAACAAAAUGCCCAUGUUUUGCUCUGACUCUUGGGACGGUCAGUACCCCGGCUCCAGAUGUCCUCAGGGUCCUAGAAGUUUAAUGUGUCACAAGCAUGUCCGAGAUUUAUUUGUGCGCUGAGUGUGUGCGUGAUUCAUACACAAGCAGCAAGACUUUGAAAUCGAUUCUCUGAGUGACAGGUAACCAGUGUAAGGAUUUUAGAAGCGGCGUAACGUGGUCAUAUUUCCUAGUUUUUGUCCGGACCCUUGCAGCAGCAUUCUGAAUAAGCUGAGGUGAAAAAGGUCUAUCUCUGUAGGGAUCCUUUCCAUAACGUUGUCAGACACUUGUAAUAACAAUCUGAGCCUGUCAGUGACAAAAGCAAGCACUUAAGAAGGUUUUUGAAAAAUUGUUAUUCCCAUUAGUCACAAAAUAAAAUAGGGUCCAUGUUGAAAAAUACUGAACUCACUCUUUAAGUGGGUAAAUCAGCUGUGAAUACUCUGAAAACGCACAAGAUGGAUGUAAGCGCACUUUUAUGAUGAGACGGCCUCUGUAGCCUUCUGACUAGAUAUAUGUAUAUGAGAUAUUAUAGUUAUUUAUUCAGGCAGCUUAGCACAUGUAUUAUGUUUGAGUGACUGUUGACAUUACUUAAGUAGCAAGACAUUAUAGGCUGUUUAUGCAGACAGUUGUAUACUCUACGAAUACACAGUAUACCUAUGGCAUCUGUUCAGAAGUGCAGUGAGCACACGUCAGAGAGCAAGUUACUUCAACUUGUGCCAAAUACUUAAUGUAGAAUUUAUUUUCUUACUUCGAGACUGUUACCGAUCCGCGAUCAGCUGAUAUAUACGUACAUGCAGGGUUAUUUUACUUUAUAGCAACAUGUGUGUGUGUGAUCUUUUAUUUUGUUUGGAAGAAAUCAGUUAAAUUGUAUUACAGAGCACAACGAAUGAAUGAACAUCCACGCAGCUUGAUAUUCUCCUGACUGAGGUACAUUGUAGUUUAGAAUAUUUAUUGUUGAGACAUUUUGACAAAAGAAACAGAAGCACAACAUUUUUAACGGUCAAAAUAAUCAGUUUUCUCUAAAAGAAAUCAAGAGUAUCUGUGAGUAGAAUCGCUGAAUAGUUUUUAUUUUUCUAUCGAAAUCACACGGUGUGUAUGUGUCGUGAUCAGAGUGUCAUAUCUGUGGUGGCCUUCAUGAGACGCCUUUUAAUUUAUCAGUUACACUUCAUGCGAUGAAUCUAUGUGACUGUUUCCACUCUCUGAGAGUCAUGUUUGUUUCCAUAUAUGCCAUUAAAUGUAUUUUAUUUAUUCAUCUGAUCACAUAUUGACUGUCAUCAAGUUAUAUUUUUCAUUACUCAUUGGUUCUUUUACUGUAGCGUUACUGCCAUUCCCUUGUACUAUCCCUUAAAGCAGUCUGGAAACCCUCAUCAGACCAUCCACAGCUUAGAGGCUGAAGUAUUAAAGCAAUGUUCAACCUUUUUUCUAAGACAUUUGAAAAGUGGUCCUUAUUUCUUACACCACCGCAGAUAACCUGAGUCCAUAUGUGAGCAGGAGCUGACCUGCCUAAUGUAUCAGUGGUCUUACUGUGAACAUCACCACCUGAGUAAGCGUGUAGUUUGUGACAGAGGGUGUGUAUAUAGAUGAUUUAUUAUUCUUUCCAUGAAAGAGCUCAGACAGCAUGAAAGCGUAUUAUCUUUGCCUUAACUGUGAACAACAUGAUCAAUAACUUGUUCAUUUACUCUCCACCCCGUCUCUUGACCAGGUCACUGUUAAACUGAUGUAAUCAAACUCAAUAAAAAAUGCAUUGGUACAGCA